AUUUUGUUCUGUCCUUUGUCCGGUUGUACCUGACCCCGCUUUAUUGUACUAUGCAAAUGUGUACAAUCUACACUGACAUAUCACAGAAAGCAACUCUCUGUUGCCGUGUAUAAGAUCUGCAGGGCGGAUCAUGCGGGAGCAAUGUUGAUCAAAAGUGCGAAAGGGACGUUUCUAUAACAACAGGGGGACAACUGUCCGGAGCCGCAUAUGGUUUUCCAACAUUAUGAAACUCAGAAUGUUGCUAAGCAAAUCAACAAUCAACGGGUUGGUUUCCAUCCAUGCGACCGAUAUUGUGACGUCAUAAUGUCAUGACGUCAUAGAAAGAACGUAUGACGUAACGGCAUUGUGGACUUCAUGUUGUGGGGACUGCCGAUGGAUCUGCAAUGGCUUAGGAACGUCAAAAGGUGGAUUACAUCGUCACUGUGGGGCACAAUGGAAUCCUCGACCUGGGUUUAUCUCCCGGACACGGCGUUGAUAGAAAUAUAUUGUCACUUACAUGACCAGGACAGGGCGAAUAUGGCGCUUGUGUGCCGCAGCUGGCUCCGUGCAUUUCAUGCACCGUGUUUAUGGAGGCAUCGCAGCGUGGAGCUUGGGGGAUACCGCGCGGUUAUCAGUGGAGUAAGGGCAUGCAGCUUUGCCGACCAGCAUGGGAAAUACUUACGGCAUUUGAUCCUUUACUGUAACCAUCCGUCUAACCAUACGUCCAAAGUCGUACAGAAGAAUAUCGACAGUUUUCUACAGAAAAUUCAAGAUUGUCGCCUCGUAUCGUUUGAUUUGGAAAGGUUGGAACUUGACCGAUUUUGGAAAUUUGAUCAUCUUCGAGAAAAGGUAGUAGAGAGUCUCUGCCGAUUUUUCCGAUCGCAACGUCACAUAGAAGAGUUUGACAUGAGCUCCGCGCAGUGUUCUUUGACGAAUGGUUGCAAGUUGCUGGAGAGCCUGGGUAAUUCUUCCGGUCAUGUUUUGAAAACUCUUGGAAUUGAAGAUUUCUUCCACACGCGGCUAGCUAUAUAUCAGGUGAAGCGGUUCAAACACACUAUGGGCACCUUCACGGCGCUUCAGGACCUGUCCAUCAACUACAGCUGUCUCUCCGAGGACAUUUUGCACAUUCUUAACAAAAAUCUGGCGGGAAAACUCACGCGCAUUCUCAUAAAGGUUUACAAGCCAGACCCACAUUUCCAUCGAAUUUCUGGAAGGACGUGGAAACUGUUGAAGACCUCGUGCCCAGAUUUGACAGUCGAAGUCUGGUUCGAGAGUAUCGGAAUGUCCUCUGAAGUCAUCCCUAUCCUCGUACCCGAAAUGCCCUUGCAGGACAUGCACAUGUGGAGCGGUUAUGAUGAUGACACUGACUGGAAUCUGUCGGAAACCCUCAACUACCUCGGAGUUCACCACAAGAAGACGCUUCAGAGCCUUUCACUGGAACUUGACAACAACCAGGAGUAUGUGGAUGACAUCCUCGUGCGCAUGCUGUCGCGAUGCACGUGCCUACACGAACUCACCAUCAACGCAGUGCUGCACGUGUUUACGAUCGAGGCCAUUUGUGAGAUGAUACAGGAGAAUAAGAUCUUUCUCCAAGUUCUGCACGUGACGGUGUGCGGCUUGACAGACACGGAAUGGGCGGAGCUUAGCUAUCUGAGGGAGAAGUUCACACCCAUGUUGAAGGAGAGGCACGUGGACUUCAAGCUCCAGUCGGAUCUUAUGAUUGACAGCUAAUCAAACAUCUCAGGGUGUGUUUGGCUGAACUGUGAUAUUUACUUUUGAAGUGACUUUUUCUUCAUGUUUAUAUAAAAUACAUAUAUUAAAUUCAUAUAUAUUUAUAUAUUUUAUUUUAUUGAAUAAGGAUUUUGCAGUUUAAUAGUACACUUCAUGUUAAUAUUUAUAUACAAUUCCCGAGAGGCGUUGACUUCUAGCGAUGAUUGGUGUAUGGUUGUCGUAUGGUUGUGUGUCGUUUGUUUUUUUGUUGAAAGUGCGUGAAUUAACGCGAUCUUGGGAUAAGUCAGAGCAAUGCAAUGUCUUUCAAUUUUCCCCCUCCAAGUUUAUACAUAUUCACAAACGCUUUUAUAGCGACAGUUGCGUUGGCGUUUUUUUUUUGGGGGGGGGCAUAUAUGUGAGUCAGAUAUAUGUGGGAGGAAAAACCACUGUGAUGCAGGUCUCAGAUGUCUGAUACCCACAUGGCGAUAUGGCGGGGGUGGGGGUUUGAGUGAGUGGGAGGAGGGGGUUAUGCUAGGCUUUUGGUUUUGAAGCCUACAUAUCCUGGUUCCUGUGUAUCAGCCUGUGGGCGAGUCAAUGUCUCACCUGGGCCCGAUAAUGCCUGUUACUUGUCAGUCAAUAUUUGACACUGUUCGUACUGGUUCCAACUUUGGGUGACUGUAACGAUAUGAGGUCAAAUACACAAAGGUAUUUUUGAUAUUUAUACAUUAAACUAUCUACACCAAUAAAUGUAUUUUUCAUGGAA